ACUCGUACACACCACAUCGUUGGUCAACCAAUAACCACUGUUGUUCCCUUUCCAACGUUUUCUCUUUUGCAUCCUCAAUUUCCUCCUCCAACCUUUUUCAGCGACAUAACAUCAUAUUUCUACGUGCACUUAUCUCUCUGUUUGUCAACUCUCUAUAAAUACUGUCUUGUGCUUGUUCUCCCACUUUCACAUUAAUAUGAACUCAACUUUUACGAUGUUUUCUUGGGGCAGAAGAUUCCAACUCUCUCUACGGCAUAGCAUAAGGCCGUUUGGCAGCCAAUCACAAGGCUCCACGUCAUCAUCAUCUUCUUCUUCUUUCAGCUCCUUUGGUGGGUCCAGGCAUGGUGACAAUAGGGUCAGAGACUUUGAGGCCUUUCUUAGAUCAAUCACUUCUGGGGUUGUGGUUGUUAGCUCCACCUUAGGCUAUUGGUAUUGGUCAUCUUUGUCUUCUCCUGGUGCCAAUUCUCUUCAGUCAUUUGCUGAUGGUUAUGCUAAUGAAGAGGAUCAGUUUCAACAAAACGAUGAAAACAAACCCAAGUUCCUCUUUAAUGAUGGCUAUAGAAGAAGAGUAUUCUUCAAUUAUGAAAAACGAAUUCGCUUGCAGAGCCCCCCAGAAAAGGUUUUCGAGUACUUUGCAUCUGUUCGAAGCCCUAGUGGUGAGAUUUUUAUGACACCUGCCGAUUUGAUGCGUGCCAUUGUUCCUGUCUUUCCUCCUUCUGAGUCAAACCGUGUUAGAGAGGGUUUUCUAAGAGGGGAGCAGGUUCCUGGCGAGUUGCAGUGCGAACCUUCACAAUUUUUUAUGCUUUUUGACACUAACAAUGAUGGACUCAUUUCCUUUGCAGAGUACAUCUUUUUUGUUACUCUCCUCAGUAUACCAGAGUCCAGUGUUUCAGUGGCUUUUAAAAUGUUUGAUAUUGACAACAAUGGGGAAAUAGACAUACAAGAAUUCAAGAAAGUGAUGGCCUUGAUGAGAUCACAAAACAGACAAGGAGCUAAUCACAGAAAUGGACGACGCCUUGGCGUUACAGCUUCAAUAGAAAAUGGGGGUCUCGUGGAGUAUUUUUUUGGCAAAGAUGGAAAUACAUGCUUACAACAUGAAAGAUUUGUUCAAUUCUUAAGACAGCUGCAUGAUGAGAUCUUGAGGUUAGAAUUUUCCCAUUAUGACUACAAUAAAAAAGGAACAAUUUCAGCCAGAGAUUUUGCCCUGUCCUUGGUUGCAUCUGCGGACAUCAAUCACAUAAACAAACUAUUGGAUAGGGUCGAAGAAUUAAACAGUGACCAGAACCUAAGACACAUAAGAAUUACAUUCAAGGAGUUUCAAGAUUUUGCAGAAUUACGCAAGAAAUUGAAAUCCUUCUCUCUGGCCAUAUUCAGUUAUGGAAAAGUUAAUGGAGUAUUGACAAAAUCUGAUUUUCAGAGAGCAGCAUCACAAGUGUGUGGUGUUUGCAUUACAGAUGAAGUGGUUGACAUAAUCUUUCAUGUGUUUGAUGCAAAUCGUGACGGAAGCUUAAGUGCAGCCGAGUUUGUGAGAGUUGUACAAAGAAGGGAAAGCAACAAUUCAUCACGUCAUGACAGCUUCGGGGGUUUAACAUCCUGUUGGUUGAACUGUGUAAAAAACUGUUCAUCAGCUCAGUUCAAUUUUGAUGGAAUACGUUCAUAAGUAUCCAUCUUUUUACUGUAAUGAAUUCAACCAUAUACAACAUCAUUUAGGGAAACAGGCAGAAGAUUCAUUCCCGUAGCAGUGGAGAUUUGUUGUCUAAUAUUUUGGUGGCCAAGUCUUCAUGUGUGAAUAUUUGUACAUACUCACACUCCAGCUACCUUAAAUAUUAAUUCUUGCCUUUCGUAGCUUUAGUUUUUAUUUGGCCAUCUUACACGGUGUUUAUACUUUAUUUUUAUUCAAGUGUUAAAUACUUGUAAUAUGAGUUUAUACUAAGUGAGUAGAUUAAGUAUGAGAAAUUUAAUUA